AAGUUAAAGCGUGGCAGGGGCCGAGCCCGGGAAGCGGAGGAGGCGGGUCUCCAUAGAAACCUCCACCUGUUUCCGGUUAGCCUAGGCGAGAUUAUAGGGGCUGCUGCGGGGGCCAAUCUCCGCCAGCUCGCCUUUUCCCGGCGGCCCCUGCGGGCGCGGUGGGUGUUGUACACAAUCAUCAUGGCGGCGGCCGGGGCCCCGGAUGGCAUGGAGGAGCCUGGCAUGGACACGGAGGCCGAGACCGUGGCGGCCGAGGCGCCCGCGCGGUCCCUCAACUGCGUGGAGGCCGAAGCCGCGGCGGGGGCGGCGGCCGAGGACGCCUGUGCCGCGCGAGGCAGCCUGCAGCCCGCCCCGGCCCAGCCCCCCGGAGACCCCGCGGCGCAGGCCUCGGUCAGCAAUGGCGAGGACGCGGGCGGCGGCGGCGUGGCGCGGGAGCUGGUGGACCUGAAGAUCAUCUGGAACAAGACGAAGCACGACGUGAAGUUCCUGGACAGCACGGGCUCCGAGCUGAAGCAGAAGAUUCACUCGAUUACAGGUCUCCCGCCAGCCAUGCAGAAAGUCAUGUAUAAGGGACUUGUCCCUGAGGAUAAGACGUUGAGGGAAAUAAAGGUGACCAGCGGAGCCAAGAUCAUGGUGGUUGGUUCCACGAUAAAUGAUGUUUUAGCAGUAAACACGCCCAAAGACUCUGCGCAGCAGGAUGCCAAGGCCGAAGAGAACAAGAAGGAGCCGCUGUGCAGGCAGAAACAACACAGGAAAGUGUUGGAUAAAGGGAAACCUGAAGACGUGAUGCCAUCUGUGAAGGGGGCCCAGGAGCGCCUGCCCACAGUCCCCUUGUCUGGCAUGUACAAUAAAUCCGGAGGAAAAGUGAGACUCACCUUUAAGCUAGAACAAGACCAGCUGUGGAUUGGCACUAAAGAGCGGACCGAGAAGCUACCCAUGGGCUCCAUUAAAAACGUGGUCAGCGAACCCAUCGAGGGGCACGAGGACUACCACAUGAUGGCGUUUCAGUUGGGCCCCACGGAAGCCUCUUACUACUGGGUGUACUGGGUUCCAACUCAAUAUGUGGAUGCAAUCAAAGACACUGUGCUGGGGAAGUGGCAGUAUUUUUGAAAGCACUUUCACCUCUGGCCCAGGAGACUGACCCACAGUGAAGGACAUUGCUGGGAGAGGCCUGCAGCACCCCCGGAUUUCAGAGUUCUGGAACUUUGUUCACACACAAUCUAUACCCAAUCUAAGGUGAUGUGGUGACCGAAGCCAGAGGUGAUGUUCUUUCACCCUUAGCUUAAUCCUAACUUAAAUCACCGGUUCCCUUUCUUGCAGUCAGCUUCAUACCAUUUUUAAAGUCAGUACAGUGGAAACCAAUAAAUCUGAACUCGGAAAGUGUUGUGUGGAAUACUCUUAAGUGUAUUUGAGAGUAGAUCUGCCAAGGUUUUGUUUAGAAAGGAAUGGUCAAAAGCUUUCUGCUUUUUUUAAAAAGUGAUUUCAACAAAUAUUUUCAUAAAUCUUUGGUUGCAAA